AAGCAAAACACUCCCGAUAAAAUCUCCUCUGUCAAUCCACAAACAAAUCUAUUUUCUAUUUUCUCGCCCCUAAGAUCACAAUACUUGAUUACUUCCAUAUAUAUAAAGUGGGACAGGGAAGACGGGCGCAAGAGCCCAGCCCAAACCACAACCAAGAACUACCGCCCACCGGGCACCGGCCGCAGUUCCCCUUCUCCUCGCCCCCACCACGCUAAACCCUCCUCUUUCCUUCUCCCACCCGAACAACAGCAGGAGACCGGUAUUCCGCAUCCCUACCCAGCAAUGGUGGACGCGGGGCAAGCGGCGAAGCGGGGGAAGGCCACGGAUGAGAAGGGGCAGCCGUCGGCGGCCGCGCGGACGCCUCGCCAACACACGCCGGAUCACCCACCCUAUUGCUGGAUGAUCGGCGAGGCAAUUGACGAGCUGGCUGAGGACGGCGGCUCGGAGGAGGACUCCAUCUCGGCCUUCAUCCGCGCCAGGCACCCUGGCGUGCCCCCCGCGCACGAUAGGUUCCUCCGGCACUACCUCGGCAAGCACGUCGCCGAGGGAUUCUUCCUGCGAAACGCUGCGGGGCGGUUCGAGCGCAACCCCGAGGAGAACGCAGCCGAGGAGCUCCCGGUGGAGCAGACUGAGGCCGGCUCGUGCAACCCGGCUUCCGUUGGGUCUUUGGUGGUAGAUGCCAAGCAUGGCCGGGGCAGGCCGCCGAAGGAUGGCUAUCCUUCGACACCGCCUGAAGGCAGGAAGGAUGGCGGCGCGGGUGCUCAGUGGAUGACACCACAUGCAGGUUCUUCUUCCACACUAGCCGCUGCUGCCAAGGGUUCUGUUCUAAUGUCACCGGUUGCUGCUGCAGACAAGGACGAAAGCCGAGCACCAUCCUUGAAGCCCAAGCGCCGUCGCCGGCUUCGCAGGCAGGGGAUGGCCACGACCGCUGACAGCUCCGGCGAAGCACUCGUCGCAGGCAAGAAAGAUAGCAGGGAGGAGCAUGAGCCACCGCGUGAGCUGGCACUGGUGAUCCUCGAUGAUAGCUCCAACACACCAACCAUGGACAAGGCAUGCACCAAGGUCCCUCCAACCACGCGACCUGUGGAUGGUGGGCAGCCUCUCGAUCUGUCAGCUACACCCAAGGGACGUCGCCGGCAACGCAAAUCAGUCGCGGUGGCUACUGGUGGCCGCUCUGCUCUUACACCUGGCAAGAAGCUAGGUUGUAAGGUCUCAUCUGCAUCGCCCAAGUUUGCACCGGUGGUUGCCGCUGGCUGUCGUACUCCGGCUUCAGUUGCUGACCAGGGCGGCAGGAAAGCAUCAGCGACGCUGAAGCGGCACGGGCGGCCUCGCAAACUGUACCCAGUUAGCGCUGACGAGAUUUCAGAUGAUCCAGAGAUUGCUUUGCUCGCGUUGCCUUCUCCAGACACUAGCGGCGUCAUACCCGUAGCUCCAAAACUUGGCUACCUGACCUGAAGCAUUUCUAUCACGAUUGUUAAACGUAAUGCGCAGGAUGAUAACUUUAGUGUGUUCACUUUUACUGAAUUAUUAGGUUGCUUUGCGGCUUAUGUUUAACUCAGUCAUAGCACUUCUUUAAACUGUGUGAAUGAUAACUGGUUUAUUUGAAUCCCUUCUGCAAUUUUUUUGCAAAUCA